CUGUGGGUCAACUCAAGUGUCGUAUAUUUUUAAAUUCUCUAAAAUACUUUAAAGUUUAAACAAAUGUAAUAUUUGUUUACACAAUAAUUUGGAAGAAUUAUUGGGAUUUGGGGCUUUCUUUUGUUGGUACUGUCCUCGUUGUGGCUACAACAAAUUGCCUAUAUAAUAAAAUCUAACAUCAACAAUAAUAAUGUCGGAUUGGGUAAAUGAAAAUUGUGUUUCUUUUUUCCAAUUAUUUUGCAUAAAAGUUGUAAAAACAGGACGGGUGCCGCAACACAUAGCAUUUAUAAUGGACGGAAACCGCCGGUAUGCAAAAAAACUUAGCGUGAAAACGAGUGACGGUCAUUCUAGGGGAUUUGAUAAGCUUUCGGAAACAUUAAAGUGGUGCCUAGAUUUGGGUAUACCUGAGGUGACUGUGUAUGCCUUUAGUAUUGAAAAUUUUAAAAGAAGUGAUGAAGAAGUAAAUGCGCUUAUGGAUUUAGCACGGGAUAAGUUUCAGAGAUUACUUGAUGCAAUGGAUCAAAUAAAUGACUGGGGUGUAAGAAUACAUGUAGCUGGAAGAAUGUCACUUUUGCCUUCAGAUUUAUGUAAAAUGGUAUCUCAAGCAAUGUUAGCAACACUUCAUAAUAAUAAGCUUAGGCUGAAUAUUGCAUAUGCUUAUACAGGGCGAGAUGAAAUAAGCAGGGCUGCAUCGCACAUUGCUGAUGGAGUAAAUCAUAAGGAUAUAACAACAUAUGAUAUUAAUGAGGAACUCGUAUCACAGACCUUAGAUCUUGGGCCACCAGAACUUCUUAUAAGAACAUCUGGAGAAGUCAGACUAUCAGAUUUCAUGCUAUGGCAGACUGCCAAUACGGUUCUUUAUUUUUCUGAUGCUUUGUGGCCUGAAUUUACGGUCUGGAAUCUUUUAGUAGCUAUUAUUCACUUUCAAAGAUAUGCCCCUCCACCAUUACCCCAAAAAGAUAACAAUGGAAAUCAAGAUAAAUUUCUACAGAAAUUGGAAGAAAAAAGGCUACAACAGUUAAAGAAUUAUAUAGAAUGUUCAUCAUAGUCUAGCUAUGGUAUAUACUUAUACAUAGUUAUAUGUAUAUGGUAUACAUAGUUUUAUCACAAUGUAUGAAACAGAAAUAUACAAUAAGUUAUU